ACCCCGCGCGGGCGGCUCCUGAGGAGAAAAGUGGCCCGGCGAGGCGAGCGAGCGGACGCGGCUCUCUAGGCCGGACCGGCAGCCUCGUCCUGCGGGUGGAGAGAUGGCGUUCGUGCUGCUGGCGCGCUGCGGCCGGGGCGCCUGCUCCGUCCCCAGGCGCCUGCGCUGGGAGCCCGAGGCCGGUGAGGGCGGCGUCGGACCGGGGAGCGGGAGAAGGAAAGCGGUGGGGACAGCCGGGCCUGGCGCCGGUGGGGGGGGCUCCGUGAGGGGGAGCGGCUGCAAGAAGUCAGCCUUAGAGCCCCCUCAUCGUGGCUUCGAGAAGGCCCUGAGCCUCCGGCGCCGGUAACCGUUCCGGGUGUUGAGGAACUACAACUCCCAUCGUCCCCCACCGCCGGCCGUGAUAGCUAGGAAUCAUGGGAGUCGUAGUCCAACAACCACCGGGGACCCAUAGUUUGGAAAGGCUGCUGUCACAGCGUGUUUGUUUAUUUGUUUACUUACUUACUACUUGGAUUUAUAUCCCACCGUUUUCUCCGAGGAGCUUUGCUCCCUCUUACUCAUUUAAUCCCGGCUACAAGAACAACCCUGUGAGGUAGAGUUGAGUUGACAGGCUGCCAAGGUCACCCCAGUGAGCUUUCAUGCCUGAGCGGGAUUUGAACUCUGGUCUCUUGUGCCUGAGUCUCCAGAGAGCUGCUGCCAGAGUGUGGCUGAUUGCCUUGCACUGCCUUUAUAUCCCACCCUUUUCUCCAAAGAGCUGGAGGUGGAGUUGGGUGGUUCUGCCCGCAGACUGUCUCGCCAGAGUGGUGCAUGCUCUGGUUAUCUCCCGCUUGGACUACUGCAAUGCACUCUAUGUGGGGCUACCUUUGAAGGUGACCUGGAAACUACAACUAAUCCAGAAUGCGGCAGCCAGACUGGUGACUGGGAGUGGCUGCCGAGACCAUAUUACACCGGUCCUUCAAGACCUGCAUUGGCUCCCAGUAUGUUUCCCAGCACAAUUCAAAGGCCCUCUGCCUGGUUUCCUGUAAUCUUACUUCUUGCAGUGAGGGAACUGACUUUUAAAUCGCUAAACGGCCAGCCUUGUUCCUGUGCCUUCAUUCUCUUUAAAGCCCUAAAUGGCCUCGGCCCAGUAUACCUGAAGGAGCGUCUCCACCCCCAUUGUUCAGCUCGGACACUGAGGUCCACCUCCAAGGGCCUUCUGGCGGUUCCCUCACUGCAAGAAGUGAGAUUACAGGAAACCAGGCAGAGGGCCUUCACGGUAGUGGCACCUGCCCUGUGGAACACCCUCCCAUCAUAUGUUAAGGAAAUAAACAACUAUCUGACUUUGAGAAGACAUCUGAAGGCAGCCCUGUUUAGGGAAGUUUUUAAUGUUUGAAGUUUUAAUCUGUUUUUACUCCUCUGUUGGAAGCUGCCUGGAGUGGUUGGGGAAACCAAGCCAGAUGGGCGUAGUAUAAAUAAUAAUAAUAAUAAUAGUAAUAAUAAUAAUAAUAAUAAUUAAUUCACCUCCUUCCUUCCUCACCACCACCCUGUGAGGUAGAGUUAGGUUGAGAGGCAGCAACUGGUCCCCAAGUUUACCUAGAGAGCUUCAUGGCUGAGUGGGGGGAUUUGAGCCCUGGUCUCUCGCAGGUCCUAGUCUGCCACUAAUCACUCUGCCACCACUGGCUCUCCAGAGUGCCUGGAACUGGGCAAUAGAGGUUUAUGACCUGACUCUGCAUUAAGAUGGCUUUAGGUGCAAUGCAUUAUUGUGCAAUAUUGCAAUAUUAAUAUCUCUUGAUGUGAUUGGUGGAGUGUGUUGCCAUCUUCAGCUUAGGUUAUUGGUAUAGUGCAUAUUAUACAGGUCUUUGCUUGUGGGAUAGUUUGCAUUCUGUUGUGCCUUUAUGCAGGUGAGAAGGAAUGGUGAUGCACCCUGGAGUUAAUAUUGAGUCUGGUGUUCUAGUACAAUUCAGGUUGCUGUGAUGUCCAAAAAUAGCCAUGUAGGGAUCAAAUAAGUAAAAUAAUAGCAUGAAGCAAAGCCUUGGAAUGCUUCUAGGCUUAACGUCAUGAAGGUUAUUGACACUCUGAAUUUGAGCACCAGUCAAUUGCAGUUUCACUGUUUCAUUCCCAGUCCCCGUGCUAGCAGCUGCUAGUCUAGGUUAAAGUCGUGAGUCUCAUAGGAGGCAUGUUCUCUUUAAGGAGGUACACACCUUGGGCUGCAGUCAGUAUUCAGAAGCUUAAAGACUUAAUUUCAUUAUGAAGCCAUCGGAAUAGAGGACCCCAGCCUAAUGAUUGCAUCCGGAGGGUGCAAGAUGGAGCUGAUGAACUGGCAUGGCACUAGUUAAUCCUCUAUUCACUGUUCUAAGUGCAGCUUCUUUAUGAAACCUUUGAAAAUAUGAUUCAAUGACUCCUUCAGGUGAAGUGUUCAGUGAACUUUGAUCUGGGGACCAUUAAACUGAUGGGUGUAUAAAAUAUAUCUCAAAGAUUACUGGGAACAGACUUCUGAAUGUACAUACUUUGUGGUGUAAUUAAUGUCUGAGACCUAUAGAACUAGUCUUUGUGAUGUGACUUAGUGUCUGGUGAUAAUUAGGUGGAAAAGUGUCUAGGCUGUGCAUUUAGUCAUUCAUGAUACAGAAAUGUUAUCACUUCAACACGAUAUCCUUUUGAAGACUUUAAAGAUAUCUGCAACAAUGAAGGCUACAAACGUAUUUAUUUUUAAACAGUAGAAAACUUCAGACACUCUCGUGCCUUUCUGUUUACUCUAGGCUUUGUGUGAGGUGCCAAAUCUCAGGUGAAACAUGGCACAUGUGCAGUUGCAGAGUAUUCCUAGUGUGACUAAUCCCCAGAUCUAAUUUAGAAGCAUUUCUGUCUCCUGCCUUUUCCUUAUACUAACAGUUGUAUGCCAUACACUGGCUUUGUUUGAUUGCAUUUUGUUGUGGUCUGCAUAUUUUUCUUAUUAGUUUUAUUGUGUGUUUUUUCAGCUUUAAUAAGAUAAUCACUUGUUUUCUUUCUAAAAUCCCCUUAGAAUCUCAUUGCUAAUCUUAUCUUGUAUGUGCUUCUUAAGUAGCCUUAAGUGCUUCUAAGAAUGGUCUGUUAUCCACUAAUGGCUAUGCCUUAAGUAUUGCAAGGUGUAACUGUAGAUUGACAUUAAAAAACAAAUUGCAAAAUAAAUAAUAAUUAAAAAUCCAUUUUUAAAAACAAAUAAAGCAGAGCACAUCUCAGUACAAGUGUGUAUCAUUCAUAUAUUAAAACUACAUAUAAAGACAAUACAUACAGUUGCCUAACCACAGGUAUUUAAAUAAUUAUCCACAUAUAUAAUUUUAAAAUUAAUAUUUGAACGACAUACAGUAUAGCUUCUAGAAACAUAAAAUGUAUAAUGUUUUGGAGAGUGAGAGGCACUACAGUGCAGCUUAUUUAACAUUUUGCAAUUGAUGGGGUGAUUUUGUUCUGUUUGUUGAUUCUAGUUUAUAAUCUUGAAUGUGAAAUGAAUUCUUGAAUUUUGACAACUUGUUUUUAGUUCUAUUGAAAAUUUUCAUAGGAAAGAGAGUGUACAAGUUAAAAAUUAAAUGAAAUCAAACUGAAUCAUUUGCUGCUGUUAUUGCUGGGCUUUGAGACUUACGAUAUAGUUUUAUUUGAAUAAUCUGCUUUCUUUGCUCAUCACCCAGUCUCCUGAAGGCUUCUUGUAACCUGUCCUGAGCAUACAACAUAUUAAUGUUUCUGUUUGCAGUGGUGUAGUAGUAUUGAACAAAGAUAUUUUGAUGUUGGUGCCGCUACAAAUGGUCAAUGUAUUGUAUUGCAAUCUACUGGUUUACAGACUCUUUUUUAUUUUAUUUUUUACUUCUAGGUCAUUUGGAAAACCGUGCUUGUUUUAGCUGUGCAUCCCUGAGGCUAAUAAAUCAUACGUAAGUAAACAUAUUCAGAAGAUCACUUUCCCUCAAUGGGAUGCUGAUCAUAAAUAAUCCAAAGUAACCGAGUUUCCCCAAUAGUUCAAAAAGUUAGAGAUUAGUUUAUUUUCCUCAUAACGUACGAGGAAACAAAUUAAUCAUGCAGACAUCCACAGUAGAAAUGAUUACAGGUGUCCCCCUACUUGCACAUGGGUUAUGUUCCCAGACUCCACUUGUAUAUGUGAAAUCACGUAAAGUGGUGAGAGUGGUGUUGAGAGAGGCUGGGAAGCGGCUCUCUCAGCAGAUUCCACCCACCUUCCCUGGGCAGCAACGUGCUGUUCUACUCGUGUGCCCUGCCUGCCUCUGGUGACUGGAAAGUUGAAUUGGGGGUAGGUGGCUCCUGGGGCCCAGCACCACUGCGAGGCCUUUCGGCGUUCUCCCUGUUAGUCUUGGAAGUUGCUGGACAUGGUUUCUUAUCUAGUUUCUCCCCUACCCCCAAGAAAUAAUGUUGCUGCCCCUGCUCUCCAUUUCUUCUACUCUUUUCGUGCCAUUUUGGCAGCAUAUCCUGGUUCAAAUCAGUUAUUUUGUGACAACAUGCAUAAAUGCAGUUGCACAUGAGUGGAAUGCACAUGAAAUGGGGGUGUGCCUGUAUAUAAAAUAAGUGCUUAAACUGAACUGGAUAUAUUGAAAUGCUCCUCAAACUUUCUGGCCUUUUUAAACAAGCCUAUUAAUCUGUGGUCACCAGUACCUCCCCCUUCAUAGGGUAGGAAUUUCCCUGUGCUUUCCUUUUAAGUUGCCAAGACCAGUGAUACCACCUGAUUACAGGUCGGGUACAGUUUGGGGAAAGUGUCCUCAUGGGCCCCAUUGAGCCCCUUGGUAGGCCAAGAAUGGGGCGGAGGUUCCCAUUCCCAGCUGUAAGUAAUAGUCCGGAGAGAGUGAAUUCUAGCUGCUGAAUUCUAAGUAAAAGGCAUUUCAUCUUGCUUCAAACUUUUCUGUAGGUUUGGAGUAAAUCCUAAUAUAACACACUUUGCUAAACGAAGCUGUAAACUUGUCAAGCAUGAAACAAGAACUUGAUAGUUGUGAUGUGGUGUGCAAGUCUUUUAGCAGAAUAGAUUUUGUCAGAGGGCCUUUAAGGUGUAGUGGAAAGAGUGUUGGGUUUAUAUCUCCACUCAUACAAAUCUUUUUGGAUGGUCCUUCAUAUCACUAUCUUAGUUUUGUAUACUCAUAGGGUAAAGGUAAAUGCGAAGAAUUGUGGAGUACGAUGUGCCAUGUAAAUACAAACACUCGCUUCUUUUUUUACAGGACAGCUCAUUUUAAAUAUUGCACCAGUGCCUCUCCUGUUUACGUUUGCUUUGCAAAAGGGGAUUACAAUCGGACUGAAGGAUCAGGACAAAGGCACUUUACAGCUUUGAGAUCGUUUGACCUGUGGUCACCGACUGCUAAUGGAGGUGUUUUGGGGCCAUGUUAUCUUCCAGUACGACAGUGGCAUUCUUCACAACCCCGUUAUGAUGACUCCGUGGUAGAAAAGUCGCUUAAGUCUCUCAAGGAUAAAAAUAAGAAACUGGAAGAAGGGGGCCCAAUUUAUAGCCCAACAGUAGAAGAAAGCAUAGUUAAAAAAUCUAUAGGACAGAGAAUUGUUGAUGAACUGAAGCACUACUAUCAUGGCUUUCGAUUGUUGUGGAUUGAUACAAAAAUUGCUGCAAGGAUGCUCUGGAGAAUUCUUCAUGGCAGCACUUUAUCCCGCCGAGAACGGAGACAGGUACUGAAUCCAUUGUAUUGUUUCGGUGAUUCAAUUUUAGAUGUCUUAAAAGCUGAGUUAACAGUUUUAUUGUUUAUACAGAGUGACAUUAGCAAUAUAUUAUUGAAACAUUUUUGCCAGUAAAUGCACAUCACCUUGAAUAUCACUGGUUGAAAUAAUUAAUAAUAAUAAUAUUUAUUAAUAUUUAUACCCUGCCCAUCUGGGUUUCCCCAGCCACUCUGGGCGGCUUCCAACAAAAUAUUAAAAUACAGUGGUACCUCUGGAUGCGAACGCAACCCGUGUCUGCGUGGGUUGCGAUUCGCCGCUUCCGCGCAUGCGUGUGAUGUAAUUUUGAGCGUCUGCGCAUGUGCGAGGGGUGAAACCCGGAAGUAACGCGUUUCAUUACUUCCGGGUCGCCACAGAGCGCAACCCGAAAAUGCUCAACCCGAAGCUACUUCAACUGCCAGAAGGCCCUCGGUGCUGGACCUCAUGUCCAGGCAGAACAAUGGGGGUUGAGACGCUCCUUCAGGUAUACUGGACCGAGGCUGCUUAUGCAUUUUUCCCCUUAAAUGGCUGUACAAAACAUCAUGAACAUUUGUUGAAGUGUUUGGUUUUUCUGUGUACUGUACAAAGCAGCUUCUAUAUGCAUUUAAAUGGAGCAGAACAUCGCUUGCAUAUUCUUACCCAGAAAAGUGUGCACAAUUUUUCUACCCCAUGGUAGAAAAAUAUUGAGUGACCAGUGUCCUUAAGCUACUUGCCCUCAGUGGUGUACAGGUAACUCACAGCUUACGUGAGGGUUCAGUUCUAGGGGUCCACAUGUAAACACAAAAUCACAUAAAGACAGGAACUCCCAAACUGCCCCUCCACAAGGCAGAGGGCUGUUUACUGGGCUCAGGGACGGUCACAGGAGGACCCUGGGAAGCUUCCACACAAGUGAAAUCAGUGUAAACUGCAAGUUAUCUGUAUAUUCUUUAGCUAUGCUACUCCACAUAAUGCUUUUCAGAAGUGAGCCCUGUUCAGUUCAAUGGGGCUUCCUACCAGGUAAGUGGGUAUAGGAUUGCUGCUUAAAUUGCUGUACAUUUUUACAUAUCGAAAAACAAAAAUCGAGUCUAUUGCAAUAAUUUUGUAGUUUUAUUUUUAUGUUCUGAACAGUUGAAUAGUUUCAGACAGUGUUAGAAACUUAGAAAUGAAAGCUAGGAUCUAAGUGGUACUUUAAAUGUAGGUUAUGGACGUAACAAUGAAUGUCUGGAUGUGCUUUUUUAUAACCAGAAUACAAAGUUGAAAAUGAAUCAACUACAGCUAAAAUAUUAUGUUCAUUUUUUACAUGGUCUUGUCCUUCCCCUGCCCACCCCCCUAAUAUUCUUAAGAGGGUCUCUUCUCCAGUCUUCAGAGAGUGGCUGGAAGUGGGGGAGGCAGAAAAGGGUCCUCCUUUCCUUCCACCCUGCAGUUUUAAUCUGAAAUUGUAGACGCAGUACUGCGCCCAGAGCCCAGAAACUGCUUGCACUACUGAAAUUCCCUGUUGCAAAAUGCUCCUAGAACAAUGGGAGUUUCGAACACUGGUUUCAGAAAUUUUUGCUUGCAGCAUUGUCAUGACACUGGAAACUAUUUGUCAUAGCAUACAGUUUCCGAGGCACUAUCACUUCUCAUUUUGCAAAUUUAGGCUUAAGAUUUCACAUUUUCAUUUCAACACAUCAUUCAGUAUUUAAAAAUCAUACAGUACAAGGGAAAACUCUAAUAGUGCAUGCUGGGGACUCCAUCAUCAAGUGUUCCCUUAUAUGGCUCAGCCACGGAGAACCUGUGACUCUCCAGAUGUUGGACUUCAUCUCCCAGCUGGCAUGGCCAGAGUUCAGGGAUGAUGGAAGCUAUAAUCUGACAACUUCUGACUAGCCACAAGUUCUGCAUCUUUGACACUGGUUCUCUUGCUUUUACUGUUGUAAAGAAAAUUGCUAUGCAUUUAUUUCUUUAACACUGUUAACAGGUAACAGUGCUUUUUUGUGCAGCCAUUCUAGUGACUCGCUCUUGUUCUUUACCUCUUAUUAGAGGUAAUAGCAAACUAAAGUUAACAGUUGAACGAUUUGUAUUUUUCUUUCUUUCAAUGUAUACAACCUAUGCAUACACCUGAAGUAUAUAGUGAUUUAAAAGAUGUUGGGGUUAGACUAAAAUACAUUUAAAACUACUAUUUAAUUUUUAUUUUUUUAAAAAACAACAACAUUUCAUAUAAUGGCUUCAACCCAAGUUGCAUUUCUGUUUGUGCAAGGAGGAGCAAGUUCCCCUUCCAUCUACAGCCCCCUCCAACACCUGUAUUUAUUAUUAUCUAUGGUGUUUAUAUCCUACCCUUUUCUCCAAGGUGUUCAAGGUGAUGUAUUUGGUUCUCUCCCUCUUGUUUUAAUCUCCAGAACAACCCUGUGAGGUAGGUUAGGCUGAGAGAGAGUGAAUGGUCCAAGGCCACCCAGUGAGCUUCAUGACCAACUGGGAAUUUGAACCCUGGUCUUACAGGUCAUGGGCCAACACUCUAACCACUAUACAAUGCUGCACCAUUCCCAGGGAUUCCCCAUCUCUCAGUAGUAGAUUUUUAGGGAGCGCCAGAGGAUAGUCUGGUUGUGUGAUUCUAUCUCUGUUUUAUUUCUAGAAGGCAAGCUAGCAUCCAAACCACUAUGUCCACAAGAGUUUAAAGAAUCUAAGGACCUAAUAAUAAUAAUAAUAAUAAUAAUUUAUUAUUUGUACCCCGCCCAUCUGGCUGGGUUUCCCCAGCCACUCUGGGCGGCUUCCAUAGAAACAAAAAAUACAGUAAAAUAUCACAGAUUAAAAGCUUCCCUGAACAGGGCUGCCUUAAGAUGCCUUCGAAAUGUCAGGUAGUUAUUUAUUGCUAUUGAGUUGAUCUAUGAAAUAACUAGGGCUGGGCGACACCAGCUUUUCAAUUUUGCAAUGUAUCACCAGGUAAACAUCACAGUAUAGUGAUAUAUCGUGGUGUUGAAAAGGAAGGAGCAUUGAACCUGAAACCACCAGAGCUCUCUCUGCCCCCAGUACAUGGAAGCAAGGAGCAUUGGCCCCCGGCCCUGUGAGGCACUGGGGUGAAACUGCUGCAGCUCCCUCGGCUGCCAGUGCCCAGAGCAGGGAGGAAAGAGGCAGCCAGAGAAGGCACUAUUGCCCUCAGACUGGUCCAGGGCUAAUAUUAACUAGUGUUAACUAAUGUCAAACUGAAAGAUUGACUAUAUAGAGCUCAGUGCUUCAAAGUUCAGUGUGUUUAUUAGUUGCCUCCUUUCUCUAACUUUUACAAUUGUAAAUUUCUUCAUUAUACUUACUCAAAGCCAUAGAUAAAAUAAGUGUAUUCAGUAAUAGGUACCACACCACUGCUUCAACUAUUGUAGCUGAAAUACAUAUAUAAGAGACUUUACAGCAUAAGCAAAAAGCGAACAUUUCAAUUUGUAAAUUAAGGAGAAAGGAGUCUGGUUUAAAAUGAAAGCUGAUUUGAAUGUAACAGGAGUGCAAAAAUAUUACCUUGCAAUUCAGUUCAUUAUCUUCUAACAAAUUGAUGUUAAGAUGGUUUUUCUAUAUACCAAAAGUUGUUGGAAAAUAAUGCAGAAUACAAAUAAAUAUCAUACUAUGGAUGACAUGCUAUGUCAUAUUGACUUGUUUUUAUGGUUACUAAUCUCCUUGCUUAUUUGUUGCUUACAGUUCCUUCGGAUAUGUGCUGAUCUCUUUCGGUUGGUCCCUUUCCUAGUCUUUCUUGUUGUUCCUUUCAUGGAAUUCCUGCUUCCCGUAGCUUUAAAGCUGUUCCCCAAUAUGCUCCCUUCAACAUUUGAGACAAAGUCUAAGAAGGUAACUAAAAUAUGAAUCAGCAGUUUAAUACUUUGUGGCAAAACAGAUGUUCUUAUUGAUUAAAUUCCAGUUGUAUUCCACUUUUUUUCCGUCAUGGAACCCAAUUUGUUAUUUACUUCUUAGGAAGAGAGAUUGAAGAAAGAGCUUAGAGUGAAGCUUGAACUGGCUAAAUUUCUUCAAGAUACCAUUGAAGAGAUCGCCUUAAAAAAUAAAGCAGCCAAAGGCAAUGUUACUAAAGACUUUUCCACCUUCUUUCAAAAGGUAAAAUAUUCCUUUUUUUACUGAUGGUGUAUUAGUGAAAUGGGACUUCACCACCUUCUUUCUCCCUGCAGCCGCUUCAAAAUUUACUCCAGGGGGUUUCCACAACAUUAGGUUUCACUCAUACUUUGCCUUUCUGCAUUAAGCACCCAAGGUGUUGAACAACAGUAAUAUAUAAUGCAGUAUAGAAGUUAAUGUCAAAAAGCCACAUACAACCGCAAUUAAAAAGACUAAUUGAAAGCAAGUGCAGGUGUGUAAGAAGAGCAGCCAAUCAAAAAUCAGAAGCAGAAAAACAAAUCCGGCGGUCUAAAGACUUGCCCAGACAAGAAGGCCUCCAUUUGCUGGUGGGAAUUUAGAGAGUUUGGAUUUUUGAUUUCACUGGCUCUUUAAUGCUGGUGAAAGGCACUAAACAUGCCCCCUUGGGAGAGAGUUUCAAACCCUAGGCAUGACUACUGAAAAGGUACAGUGGUACCUCGGGUUACAUACGCUUCAGGUUACAUACGCUUCAGGUUACAGACUCCGCUAACCCAGAAAUAGUGCUUCAGGUUAAGAACUUUGCUUCAGGAUGAGAACAGAAAUCACGCGGCGGCGGUGCGGCUAAAGUGGUGCUUCAGGUUAAGAACAGUUUCAGGUUAAGAACGGACCUCCAGAACGAAUUAAGUACGUAACCCGAGGUACCACUGUACUUUCUUGUAUCCUUGCCAAACGUAUUUUAUACCAUUAGAGAUGGUAGUCAGGCUUGAAGCCAUGCACUGUUGAAUCACACCAAAUUAUUUCUUUAAAUUUUUCCAAUGGGAGUUUUUGGUGAUUGGUGGGUUGACUUGCUCCCCGUCCAAAAGUUUUAGGUUCAGAGUUUGACAGCCUUUUGUCCUCCUCCUUAGAGCUAUCUAUGCUGAAUCCCUCUUCAUUUCCAGUGGAUUCAGCUAUCAGACCUCCAAGGCAGUUGGUUGUGGUUUCUGGUCACCAGAAGUGAUUUACUCUGUGGGGAAGAUUAAUGACACUGGCUUCCUGGCAACAGGGGUGCUGCUGUUUACUGAGAGAAGGGGAGGCUGGGAGGUCAGCAUGGUGAAGGAGCUGCAUUGACCUCCCUGCUAUUUUCCCCCUUUCCCUCCUGGUAAGUGGCAAUGCUGUGGUUGCCAGGAAUCUAGCUUUGAGCCUCUGUUCCACUGGCAGGUCACUUCUGAUUAUCAUGGCAAGAAGGGUCUGAGAUCCAUGCCAUACCACAUUUCCACUGUGCAUGUCUAUCAAAUGAAAAUGAUAGACAUUUAAAAGAGAAUUGCAGGAUAGGGGACCCAAAUACUUUUAACUGCUACAGGUUACUUUAAAAAGAGAUAGCUUCAGAUUUUAAAAAAUGUAAUGAGCACAUACAGUGUUCUUCCAUGUAUAAGCCCCCACUUUCAAAACUGUUGAAAUACAGCUUGUCCAGUCUGGUUAACAACCAAUUUAAGAUGACAACACUGCUUCAUUCAGUACAGCUAAUUCAGUACAGCAUUCUUCCUAUGCGGAGCAGUGCAUGGAAAGUAAGCUUAUGGCCUGCCCCACUCAAAUGUGUGCUUGCCUUUGUCCAGCUACAGAACGUUCAGACUGGAGUUGGGGUUGUCAGUGAUUGCCACCUGCAUUGCACCUCCUAUUCUCAGUGUAUCAAAAAUCUAGCAGCAGUAGCGAAUAACCCUUUUCCUUUUGUGUAGAGGCUUUUAAGCAGAGGUCGGAUAACAGCCUACCAUGGAUGUUGUAGCUGUGAACUUCCUGCUUUGGCAUGAAUUGGUCAACGAGGGUGGGAAACCUAAGACCUGUGUUCUCUGGGCCUGCUCUGCAUCCUCCUUAAGUGCCUGGCUGGGAUGCGUACUUGAAUGGUGGCAAUUCUUCUUGCUUGUCUGAUAGAGUUAUAUGUAGGUGCUAUGGCCGUUGCUUCAAAGGAAAACUGAAUUUUUCACUUGAUUCCAAAUUACAUAAGUGUGGAGUCAUGAGACUGAGACUUAGCCCAUAUGUUAUUAAAGAACUGCACAUUUCUUAAAUAAAAGUUGAGAGAAUGUAGCUUUAAGUCUUAUAACAUGUGUUUUCUACUUUCAGAUCCGUGAAACUGGUGAAAGACCAAGCAAUGAAGAAAUUUUACGAUUCUCUAAACUAUUUGAAGAUGAGCUAACCCUUGAUAAUCUCACAAGACCUCAGUUGGUUGCUCUCUGUAAACUGUUAGAACUUCAGUCAAUCGGGACAAAUAAUUUUCUACGUUUUCAGCUAAUAAUGAGGUUGAGAUCUAUAAAAGCAGAUGAUAAAGUAAGAGAAUUCCCUUUUGCUACAAAUUUUCCAGUUGCUUCUGUUGUUUCUAAUGGCUUUUAAAAUUACUUUAAGCAACUGCAUUGUGGAAUGCAGAAUUUCAUUCAUCUGGGAAUGUUGGGUCUUUUUCACAAUUAGACUUGCUAUGGGGCAGCUAUAAUCUUACCACGAAACAUAGAACAGUUGAUUAGAACAUACUUGGCAGCCCUUGUUUGGCACUAAACCGAAUUCCAUCCUGUAAUGAUAUCCUGCUUUCUUGUAAUGAUUGUAUUAUUAGGUGACAAAGAUAAUUUCUUCACAGUGAUGAGUAUAGUUAUUGAUAUUUGUGUCUGUCUAGCUGAUCGCUGAGGAAAAUGUGGAUAGCCUGACGGUUAAAGAGCUACAAGCAGCAUGUCGUGCAAGAGGCAUGAGAGCGCUUGGCGUAACAGAAGACCGUUUGAGGGAUCAGCUUAAGCAGGUACUGAUGAAGAAAGAAGGGGCAUGAGCUUUCAAUCACCCAAAAGCAGCUCAUGCUGUGUGUGUUUUGGCAUUGCCUCUUGGUCCUUCAUUUGUGAUUCGAGGACCCGCCUCCCGCUCAUGAAUAAUAAAGACACGUGGACACAGUAUAUAAGGUUAAUGGGCUAGAAAAGGCCACAACUUUAUUGAUUACAGCAUGUGAGAGGUAUUGGCUUAGGCAUUGGACCAACACUAAAUUUUGACUCCACCCACUCGGAGAGGGGUGAGUCUGUCUAGGGUUAACCACCAGUAGGGGGAGCCUGUUGAUGCAAAUACAACUAUAAGCUCUCCCCUGAUGUCACCGGGGGUCGUGCCAUGGCCUCCAACCACGCAGGACAUCGGACAGGAUCCAUGACCACUGGAUUCCUUUAACGGAAUACCCAUGAGUGAAGGGAUAGGCAAUGGCCACACCCUGCCCUUCCACACACCAACAACACAUUCCAAUGCCUAACCGCCAAAUACUGAGAAAGUUGUGACGAUUGCUACGAGGUAGGCGAAAAAACCAAGAGGCUGGUGCCAAUUUGCCAAUUGGGAAAAAACUCCUACUAGGCCCCCCGGACAACCAAGGCGACCAACCAUAGGUCCAUAGCAAGGUCAAGCGAGAAGCUACGCACUAAAGGGAGUGGUGGGUGGGUGACUUGAAGAAUUCCGGCAGCGCAAUGGCAGGGAAAGCUGGCACGGCCGCAUUUGAGCGACUAAACCAUGCCCCCGAGCUGCCACCCGAUUGGGUGCCGUUCCGGGGGGUGUGGCGCGACAGUGGCAAGCAGGGACCGGAACGCCCCCUGCGCAUCGCGGGAAUCAGUUCCCGGUCACAAUCCCUCCCCUCCGGGAGGAGGAGAGGUUGUACCAGAAGAAAUGUAUUUAGCAUUAAACCUAGAAAUGUAUACUCUAUUCUGACCAAACUAAGCUUCCUAGAGCAAAGGCCUUCCAACACUGCCAGAGUUGACGCCUGAGCCACAUAGCCACAAGAGGGCCGUGAAAAUUAGUGUCCCAAGCUUUUUAGGCUCGUCUACCCAUUGGUUGCCAGAUGUGAACUAUGUUGUCAUUUUUUCUGCUCUCCUACCCCACUGUCAUACCUUUCCAACCCUCCUAGUCCUGUGAUGUCCACAAUCUUUGCAUUGAGCAGGUAUGUUGCUAUGAGGCAAAUAUACUUGCCGCAAACUCAUAUCAGUGUCCCACACUGAGAGUUGUUUACCUAGGAAAGACUAUCUGUUAUCAGAUAUCUGUUUAACAUGAUAUUCUCCUGCCCCAAAUCCUUGAUGAGCAGCACUUUUAUUCAGAAGUUCACUAGCAGUUGAAAAAUAAAUGGAUUAAGGUUGAUUUACCCAGUUCAUAAGUGUUUUGGAGUGCAGAAAGAUGUACUGUUCUAAUACUUUAUCUUUUAAUUGCAGUGGUUAGACUUGCAUCUGAACCAGGAAAUCCCAACUUCACUGCUUAUUUUAUCCAGAGCUAUGUACCUUCCAGAUACUCUUUCACCAGCUGACCAGCUUAAAACAACCCUGCAAACACUACCUGAAAGUGUGGUAUGUCUUAUUUAAAUUGCAACUACGUUCUGUUAACACCAUUAAAUCUAAAAUCUUUGUUCCUUAGGGGGCUUUCUCUGCUACAGCCAGUAUAUUCACUGUAGUAUAAUUCUAGUGCUGGGGAUGGCCCAUUUUGCACUUUUAAGUAUUACUCUUCUUGCACCCUGUGUGAGUGAGCAGUAUAGGAUUGGUGGGAGCUUUCUUACAUUGUAGAAUGCAGAAGUAAACAGCUAGACCAGACUGCUAGUACUAAGUUUAUUCUUCUGUUAAAAUUCUUAUAGAACAGUGUAAAAUCUGGAAAGUUGAUUGGUUUUUUAUUUUUGUUUUAGGCCAAAGAAGCUCAAGUUAAAGCGGCAGAAGUGGAAGGAGAAAAAGUGGACAAUAAAGCCAGACUGGAGGCAACCCUUCAGGAGGAAGAAGCUAUUAGGAAAGAAAACCAAGAAAAAGAAUUGGAAAGGCUGUCAGAAGCUGCUGAGAAGGCCAAAGAGACUCUUCAGGUCGCUGAAAGGGUAGGCUCUUUAAAAAGGCACCAGUGUUGGUUGUAAACGCUUUACUCCAUCCUUAUUUAAAAUUGACUUUUUCCCCAGUCUCCCUUAACUGUCUGCGAAGUUGAUUUUGCACUUCUUCCAAAUGGGCAACUUCCAAAUACAUAAUAAAUACAUAUAAUAAAUACAAUAAUAAAUACAUAUGAUGGUCACGUUGCAAAGGGGCACUUGGAUGCAUACAUUUUUUUCUGCAACUGUUUCAGAAGCUUAAUCACACAGAUCAGGGGUUUGAUAUGUAAAAGUAGGGGGAAGUUGUAAGCUUGCACUGGUUACAGGAUAGUUUUAAGCACUUCUUAUGCCGAACUCCCAACUGUUUUUUAAUUAAAAAAAAUAAUGGUUCACUAUAAAGGCUCUGAUUUUUAGUAUCACAAUUCUGCACAAACCUUCUAUAAUCCUUUGUGAAAGAGGAAAGUCUAUGGUUUCUACCCCCCCCCAAAAAAAAAGAUUGAAAGGAGUUUAGUGUUACAGGAGCUGCUGCCUGUAGAGUCUCUUCCUACAUACAGUGGUACCUCGGGUGAAGUACUUAAUUUGUUCCGGAGGUCCGUACUUAACCUGAAACUGUUCUUAACCUGAAGACCACUUUAGCUAAUGGGGCCUCCUUCUGCUGCUGUGCUGCCGGAGCAUGAUUUCUGUUCUCAUCCUGAAGCAAAGUUCUUAACCUGAAGCACUAUUUCUGGGUUAGCGGAGUCUGUAACCUGAAACGUAUGUAACCUGAAGCGUAUGUAAUCCGAGGUACCACUGUAUUGCCUUUCCAAUAAUGAUCAUUAUAUUGCACAUACAGAAGCAACCUGGCCCCAAUCAAAAGCUGCUGGCAGAAUUCUUUCCCCUCUCUCUCAGCAAAAAUUAUAUCAUUGGGAGGGGCAUCAACCUGUACCACUACCCAGUGGAUCAAGAACUCCUCCUCUUUCCUGCCCUUUCAGCUACCCUGCAAAUGCAAACAUGAAGGUGAAAUGAAAUUAGUCCCACUCACCAGCCAGAGACAACAACUGAUAUAAUUCCUUCUCUCCCCAUGAAGAACAUGUGUUGGAACUGUCAAAUGCCAUGCAUAGAGCUUCAAAGGUGGAACUUGGGGUCGUGUUCAAAAUGUGUUUUUAAAUUCCGGGUUUCAUACGAUGUUGUCACUUUGUGUUUUAGAAGGAGGUGGAUGCAAUAGAUCUUGAUACUUCAGCUGUGCAUAUAAAGGAGAGCAAGAUAGCUGUGGAUACCGAACAAGAACUGGCAAAGGUGGACUUGACCCUGCAUUCAGAGACUUUGAAAGAUACAGCACCCGUAUUGGAGGGCAUCAAGGUGAAUAGUGGGCAAGGCUGAGAGCGAAUAUACUGCAACGCACCACAAUACUUUCCACGUUGGGCUGUUGCAAGAUUAACUCUCAUCCAAGAAACUCAAUAGAUUUUGUGGAAGAGCUGCUGUUGUUUUUUUUAAUUACAGGUGUUUUUCAUUUGCAGAACUUUGUAAGUGGCUGAAACCUGGGGACAUAGUUAGCUACUGUGCAGGUGACAGUAAAUCAGGACUACGUUUUGGGUCUCCUGUGUAAAUUAUGCAAUGAACAGUGCCUCUGGGGUGGUUGUUAAUUCUGUCUAAAUUAGGUAAUGAAUCCAGUUAUGAAAGAUGCAGAUUCACACUAAGUGUACGCCUGUAUAUACCAGUAUUCAGUUAAGAUUGCUUCCAUUCAGAGCUCCGUGUAUGUUUCAUGGUGCCCAAGAUCUCUUGCAUUUUGGGGUUGCUUUGAAAGAUCAUUUUGGUGGAGGUUGCAGAGCUGCACUGCACUUGAAACAAGUUUAAAAUUCUCCAAAUUGUCCAUUAAGAAAAAUUAUAGGUACAGGCUCUCUACUGUCUAUAUUAGGGAUAGGAACCUGUAGUCCUUCAUGUGUUCAUGGACUGUUAUCUCCCAUCAUUUCUGCUCAUUGGGAGUCCAACAAGGCCCACACAUUCUAAGCUAUAGAUUUUGGGAAGCCUCUUUGCUCAAGAACUGGUUAAAAUAAUUAAAAUAAGGUGGUUAGGCUACUUCCAAACCUGAGUGGUUAGGAGACUCUUUCAAUUCUUUCCACUAGUCUUAAUAUUCCCCAGUGAAGAGUAUAUUGGCUUGAAAGAGAUCUUCAUUUGGUAUUUUUCAUUUAGAUUCUUCAGCACCCACUUAAAAAACAACAACAGUUGUGGUUUUAUGGGUUAAUCCUGCCGGCUUAUCUCUGUUUCAACAAUAGCAAGAAUUCACACUUCCUUGAAAUGUACUAUCUGGGUUAGUAGAUAUGGAAGAUUUGACAUGGAGGUUUCUGUAUCAUAUUCUUAACUAGAUUGAUUAGCUUUUUCUAAUAUUUAUAAAUUAAUCACAGUGCAUAAUAUAUAUUUGCUCUUGUUGUGUAGUAAUCUUGUAUAGUAUAGUUUAGCAUUCUGUAUAGCGUACUUCAUGGGUAGCCAACUUGGGCCCGGAGGCUGUGGGAGAUUGUGGUUCUUCUGAAGGUCAUGUGAACCUAGUUAUGGCAUAAAAAGUGACCCUAUCAAGUAGUUUGCAAUUAACUUGUGGUACAUUUUCCAAAAAGAGUUGGCCACCACUGGUGUACUUCAUAGCUUUAUAAUUUAGUAAUUGUGUACCUCUUGCAUAGAAGUAGUCGUAAGAGCAUGGAUGUCUACUUAUUAGUUCUUGUUAUUUUCAUGCUGCAAAGUUUGAAGCAUGGCUGUGGUGGCUAUGUGUUAAGGUUAGGAAUGCUUUUUUUAUUUCUGGAACAUUGAAAACUUGAACAUUAAAAGCACCUACUAGAAGUAGUAAAAUGGCUUAUGAGCAAUAUCAUUUCUGUUAAAUUCCAAACUCUGAUGUGCCCAAUAGUUGUCUUAGACACAAGUCUGUGUUUCUCAAAGUUGGGCCUUUAGCUGAUGUCAGAAUACAACUCCCAUCAUCCCUAGCUAGCAGGGCCAGUGGCCAGGGAUGAUGGGAGUUGUAGUCCAACAACAGCUGGAGACCCAACUUUGAGAAACACUGGUCUAAGUGAUCAGUGAUCCUCCUGUGAUGUCACUUGGCCUGGACACUUGUAUAAGCGUGUGAGAAUUCUAGGAUCCACCCCCCCACCCUUAUUUUAGGCUUUAGUACUUUGAUGAAAUUUCUUACUGGAAAACUUAAUGUGCCUCUUUCUCCACAAGCACUAUCCGUUACUUUUUCUAGCAAAUUUCCAUCUUCUCCUCUUUCUCAGCCCCCCAGAAGCGGGCUUAGUUAUGCUAGGCAGUGCGGAGAAAAAUAAGUACUGACAAGAAAAAGGCACAACACAAUUGCUGCCUUUUCUCUCUUGCAAGUAUUAAAAAAUCUUGUAGAAGAUUGUUUCAUGGAGUCAGAAACUAUAUACAGAUCUUCAGACUUCCCCUUUUGCCCAGAGAGGACUUGGCCAGUGAUUGUGCAUUCUCUGGUUUUCAUCUCAACCAAUAGCAAUUGCUUUUGAAACCCUCUGGGAGUGUAAAGGAAACUUGUAUGUUGGACUUUAUGCAUGAGCCACAUAUGAAACUGUUAUCCAAGAAAACCUGCAAGGUAUCUCCAGAAGAUUUUGUAACGAUGGCUUCCACCUUCCUUAACUUACAGCUACAUCAUACGUUACAUGAACAACUUUUGUAGUCCAGAUAAGAGAGCAGGUACACUGUUGAAAGGGCAAGUGGUUCAUGCAGGUGAUAGAUGCAACUCAUGUCGCACAUAUAAAGCAAUAUAUAGACAUACAAGGGGAAAAUAGCAUUUUUGUCCCCAUUUCAUACCUUUCUGAAUCCUGUUCAGCAUGGAGAUAAACCAUGCUGGCAUGUAAAGUGGGUGUUGUCUGAUAGACAUGGAAAAACUAUGUCAUGGUGGUGCUUUUUCAACAGAGCCCGCCACCUAAGCACAUCACUUCUCUCUAUUUUGGUUGGACAAGAUGAUUGCACAUCUCACAGCUUGCACUGUGUCUGUUGCAUUUGUGACGGGUAGAAGUUUGGGAGUCUGGGUUGAUUUUUCACUCAGCCUGUAUAUACUGCAUUAAGCAAUCCUAUUAAUUAGGGGUCUAGUUAUUUUAAGAUCAUUUAACAUCUCUAAUAUAGGACAGGUAAUUAUAAUCUUGUGCUAUUAGUAUCAUCGUUUAUCUAUACACAUCUUGAUGAUCAGAAAGUUCUGGAUUUCCCAUGGAAUUACUUAUUUUAUUUUUUUUAUUAAAAAGGUAAAAUAAAGAUGUUGAAAACAUAAGAGUAGUUCCAACCGUUUUCUGGAAGGGACUCUCUCUUUAUAACAAUUAUUUCAUUUCUCUCCCUCCCCCAAUUUUUUUUUAGGGUGAAGAAAUAACCAAAGAAGAGAUUGACUUGUUAAGUGAUGCUUGUAGUAAACUGAAGGAACAAAAGAAAUCGCUAACAAAGGAAAAGGAGGAGCUUGAGGAGCUCAGAGAUGAUGUGCAGGAAUAUAGUGAGGUAUGAAUUUUGAGAGUGUCCUUGGCCGUGUCAUAACAGGGCUUCUGUGGUGAGUAUGGCCACUCAGUAAACCCCUCUCUCACAGAAUGCAGACUAGUGAGGCUGAAAGACAAAUAACUUUUCCAAGCACCUGAGUACAAGCCCGAAGUGAGGUCUGAACCCCCAUAGCUUUUUGAUUUGUCACAAAUCGAUCUCUUUAAGGCCACACCAGACCCCCUUCCUUGAAUCCACCAGCUGCUGUGAUAGUGAAAAGGGUAUCCAUGGUGGUGGCCAGCUGCUUCUUGUUGCUCCAUGUUGACCAUAGCUGUCAACUUACAGAUUUGAAAAUAAGGGACCAGCAGCCUCGAAAAUAAGGUAUCAGCAGCCAAAAGAAGCCUCAAGCGGUGGUUCCCACAGCGCAGCAACCCGGCAAAGGGGAUGCAGCAAGGAAAACCACUGUCACCUCUCUGCUGGGAAGCGCUGAGCAAAGGCGAGUCCCCAGGCAACACGGCUGAUUUGAUCGGCACAAAGCAUGCAAGCUCCACCCCCCAGUCGUUCUUAGACUCCUUAUUGGGUGAGCAAUGCAGCCAAGCAACACAGUUGGAGCCUCGCUCCUCCCUGGCUGGCAGGGAGGGAGGGAGGGAGAGGAGCUGCUUCCUUUGAAACCCGGGAAAUUUAAGGGACAUCAUCAAUAAGGGACAGCAGCAGGACACGGCGCUGGGAUAAGGGAGUUUCCCACCAAAUAAGGGACGGUUGACAGCUAUGUGCUGCUCCUGAAACCCAGAGGUUCAAAGAGCAGUGCAGGGCUGUACUGCAUGUUGAGUUCCCAACAGAUAGGGCUGCAAAGCAUAUUACCUGGUGUGAUUGACAAGCGAGGUGAGCUUGCCAGGGUUGAGAAAAAUGUUUCUCACUCCUGCUGUAGGGGAUGCUUAAGUGGAGAACUACGUAGCCAUUCAACAAGAUGCUUUAAAAAGUAGCCCCCAGGAAUAGGAAUACUGUAUUUAAAAAUAUUCCUAACUCUCUUCUGUCUUACCAUAACCUUGAUAUUCUGCAGUUGUCUUUUGGAUGUACAUGCAGCAUCCAAUGCACCAGAUACCUCUGAUUUUUGCUAAAUACUAUGGUUUUAUGAACCAUGUUGUUUGUUUGAUCCUCAGGAUUUGCAAGAGAUCAAGGAGUUGUCUAAGGAGGGAGAAGAAGAAAUAGUUGAAGAGUCUAAAGCAAGCAAGAGAUUGACUAAAAGAGUGAACCGAAUGAUUGGACAGAUUGACAAAAUUAUCACGGAGUUGGAGACAGAACAAAAAGUGGUGGAUGGACAGCUGGACAGUAGUGCUAGCCCUCCCAUUGGGUAAGUGUCAGGUGAUACAAGUAGGGGAUUGUACUUGUGAAUAUGGGUUGAUUCCUUUGCAGAAGGAAGUGCCUCUCAGACUUUUUCAGUCUGAACUCUUGCGUAUCAGUUCCAAAUUAUUUACAUGGAUAAUUUAUUCUAAUCAUAACCUAAAUAGUGAAUGAGACCAAGUACAUGCUUAUUACAAAACAUACAAAAUCAUAUAAUACCAAAUUUUAUUUCCACUUUAAUUUAUUGAUCUCAUUAUUCCACUUAAACCAUUGACUCCUAUGAAUUUGUCUAAUCUUUUAAAGCCACCUGAGUUGAAUCUGUCCACGUUCAGUUCCAUUAGCUGAGCCCAGGUUAUGUGAGAGGGACUCCAGUAUCACCAGAGAGGGAGAAAAACAAAUUCUAUCCACUCUUCCAUGCAUAAUUUUCUACACUUGUGUAAUUUUGCCUCUUCCUGACCUUUUCUCUAAACUAAAAAUCCCAAAUGCUUUAACUUUUCCUCUUUGGGGAGCUGCUCCAUCCCCUUAAUAAUUUUGGUUGCCUUUGGAACCUUGUGCUGCUCCACAACAUGGAAUUGCCCACAGUAUUCAAAGGGCAGUUGCCCCAUAGAUUUUUUUUAAUGGCACAAUGAGGUUGGAGGAUGGAUGGCGGCUAACAGAUUGAGAUUGAAUCCUGACAAGACAGAAGUACUGUUUUUGGGGGACAGAAGACCAUAUAACACUGGUCUUGAAAGACCUACGUUGGCUCCCAGUACAUUUCCGAGCACAAUUCAAAGUGUUGGUGCUGACCUAAAAGCCCAUUAAAGCCCUAAACGGUCUCGGUCCAGUAUAUCUGAAGGAGCGUCUCCACCCCCAUCGGUCUACCCGGACACUGAGGUCCAGCGCCGAGGGCCUUCUGGCGGUUCCCUCACUGCGAGAAGUGAGGUUACAGGGAACCAGGCAGAGGGCUUUCUCAGUAGUGGCGCCCUCCCUGUGGAGCGCCCUCCCACCAGAUGUCAAAGAGAACAACAACUACCAGACUUUUAGAAGACAUCUGAAGGCAGCCCUGUUUGGGGAAGCUUUUAAUGUUUGAUGUAUUACAAUAUUUUAAUAUUUUUUGGAAGCCACCCAGAGUGGCUGGGGAAGCCCAGCCAGAUGGGCGGGGUAUAAAUAAUAAAUUAUUAUUAUUAUUAUUAUUAUUAUUAUUAUCAGCCCAUAUUUUCUACCUGCUUUAUCUAGAUUUGCCCUUUCUGGGAGAAAUCUGAUGGGGUUUUUUUUUAAUAAAAAAAGCCUUUGCCAAUGACCUAGCCGCAAUAAGUCAACACCUGUUUACAAUAUUAUGCCCUUGUCUGGAAUCAACUCAUGUUGAAAUAUUAGGAAGCACUAGUUUUGGUUCUGGUUCCCUGUAAUUCAUAUACUAAUAACUCCCACUAAAUAAGCAAAAGUAAUUUAUGACGCUUUUCUUGAGCUAAAUUUUAAUAAUCCCAAUCAAAAUUACUACAAGACAAAUGUAAGGGAUGAUAUGCCAUCAAACAAGUAAUUAAAAAAUAUGUUGCUUCUAAAUAGUAGAAAAUAAUGAAAUGUAAAUUAUCACUGGUUCUCAAGCAUCUCAGAAAUCACUGGCGUUCCUUGAGGUUUAGCAAGAUUUCUCUUAAGACUGGUCCUUAGCAGGACAUAGACCUUAACAUUUUUUGAAAUAUAGUAGUGGCCAAGCUGUUUUCUCCUCCAAAGGGGAUUUGUUGGGUAUAUGUUUCUAAAGUCCUGAAGCAGAAUACUUGUUAGGGUUAUAAGAAAAAGAGCUAGGCUGUACUGCCUUUUUCUGAAAAAGCAGGUUACCUCAUAGGUUCUGUAGUAGCAUGUCUUGGUUUAUUUCAGUUUUUUAAAUCAAGUUGAAUAUAAAUGUGCCGUCCCUGGUUUUCAGUAUGGAAUAUGGCUAGUGCCAUAUAGUUUGUUUGUUUUUUUGAAAACCCCUUGUAGUAACUACUUGCUGUAUACAGGUUGUGUUUCCCAUUUAGGGAGAAUAUCAUCAGUAUCAAUGAGCUUAUCAAUGUGAUGAAACAGAUUCAGAAGAUACCAGAAAGCAAACUAAACAGGCUUGCCCAAGCACUAGAUGAAAAUAAAGAUGGAAAGAUUGACAUAGAUGAUGUUUCCAAGGUGAGUCUGCUGAAGAAUGUAACCUGUUUUGUUUAAUGUUUGUUAUUUGUGUUGUUUAAACAAUUUGUUUUAACAAAUUUAAGACUUAGAAGAAGAAAAAAACCUCCCUUAAAUUAAUUGACCUUAGAAUGAAAAUAGUUUGGCUUAAUUUGUGGCAGUAUGGUGCAUUCUAUGGUUUGGUUAAAUUGUAAAAAUGCGAUAUAGAUUCAGAGCUUAUAAACAAAAGUCUAAUUGAGGUUGAACAAUAUACAAGUUUAUAAAAUCAGAGCAGCAUCAAAACAAUUUUCAGUCUUCUCUUCUCCAGGCUAAACGUACCCAGCCCCCUUGUAUUGUAAUUUAUACAGUCUCAUGUCAACAACAAUCUUACUUCUUUGGAAAAUACCACACUGUCCUUUUGGAUUCAACACACUAUUUUGAAAUUGGGCUGUGGUUGACAUUACAAAUCAUUUUUGGCAUAUAUGCUUCACUUAUUUUCCUCCUUAAUUGUAGAGUUUCAUAAAAAUUGUGAAUAAAGCACAAUGUAACUUAUGCAUUUAACAUAUGUUUAUAUUUGCAUAGGUGGUAGAACUCAUCGACAAAGAAGAUAUUGAUAUUUCUACUAACCAAGUCGCAGAGAUCAUGUCACUGUUGCAGAAAGAGGAAAAACUAGAAGAAAAAGAGAAAAUUAAAGAAAAGACUGAGAAGGAAGCUCUAGAAGUCAAGAAUUAAUGAAUUAGUCUUCAAUUUGAUUUCAAGGCUGAAUGAAGUGGAACAUCUUAUGUUACCUUGUCCAGCACCUCCUAUCUGUGAGAUGAUGAACAUUAUUGAUCUAUAGGUUAAUCAGGAAAUAAUAAGAAGUUGGGUAGGCAGAAUGAAACUUUUCCCUGAUCAAACAUGGGCAAUUUAUCAUUCCAGGAAGAUGAGAGCAGUCUUGGUCUUUAAAUAAUGUAUUCCUCCUUGUGGAAUUUUGUGUACUCUUUAGUAUUCUGUAGUGAUUCAGUACAUUUUAUUGUCCCCAGAUCAUGAUACAAAUUAGGAAUUUCCUUGCAUUGUGCAAGGAAUUUGCAUUUUUUGGUUAAAUAAUAUUACGUAUACUUGGCAUGCAGUUAUUCUUCCGUACUUGGCAAAGAGGUAAAAUUCUGUUCAGCAAAAUUAGCAGUAUAUAAACCAUCCGAAAAUAUCUUAAAUUCCCAUUAUUAUUUUUUAAUGAAGCUUCAAAAGGGCUUAUAUAGCAAACACAUUAGUUCUGAAAGUGCUGUCGUUGUGUUGGCCUAGCACACCCUCCAGAGUUACACUUUUAGAACUUUAGAAAUUUUUAACAUGCUCAAAUGCUUUAAAAACAACAAAACACCACCCCACACUUUGCCAGCUUCUCAACGCUAAAUAAUGUACAUGCAGAAAAUCAAAUAUAAGGGGGAUUGCAGCAAUAUCCCACUCAGUUCCUUGCUCUGCUUUAAUUUUUCCCAUACUUCUGCUACGCUCUCUCUGGUCUCCCUCCCGUUGCAAUUUGUAAUAGGAAAUCCUAUCAGACUUCUGUCAUUUUUAAAAGCCACAGGGCAACCAGCAAUCUCAGCAGCUGCAUUUCUCCAGAUCCCUACACACCCUCUUCCCUGUGGAUCUGAAGGCUACAUAAGGGACACAUAGGUAGAGAGAGGGGAGGGCCCUGAAAGCUUUUAUGCCUUGACUGAAGGCAGUCACCCAAGCCACCCCUCACUCACUUCCUUAAAGAUGCCUUUAACCCUAGCAAUUAAAAGACUUCUUGAUGAAGUAAACUGCAUUUUUUUAAAAUUAAAACGAGGAGGAAACCAGACUUUUAAACAUUUAAACAUUUUGAAAGUGCAGCUCUGUAUGUGUGUCUUAUUUAUGUGUAAAGGAAGUGUCCAUUUUGUGUUGAUUAUUUUUGUUCAUUGGAAAUUGUGAAAGUCACAUCUCUGUGCGUGGAACAUCAGCACAGAUCUGAAAUGACUGACCCAGUUAAUUAGGAACAUGGUACAAAAAUAACCUUUUCACUGCAUACUUCAGGUUUUCAUUUGACCUUUUUUGUUAUCACCUCGAGUCAUUUAGUAGUAGCAGUUAAUUGAGCUGGAUAUGAACACUGUUUUGGUAACUCGAGCUUUAAAAUAUUCAUAUUGGCUUUUCUUUGUUUUCCAAUGGGGCUAAGGAUGCUCUGAAGCCAAUUUCCCAGAAAGCAAUUCAUUCUGAAAUCAAUGACAUUUAGUUUGAGUAGCUGGCUUUUUGAGAUGUAGUGCAAAGGGCUGCAUGUAAAGGAUGCCUUUCUGGAGAGGAAAGGAACCUGGAUGCAACUCAAAGGACUGCUAAGCUGCGGAUUCCUUGUUGUAUUGGAUUAAACAUUCUUUUUUGUAACCAGUAGUCCAAGGGAAAAAAAAUAUUUAUCACCUUUCAUAAAUUGCAGUUGUGGUAUUUAUGGGUGGUAUCUAUUUUUGACUGUCUGCUGAUGGAAGAAGGUUAUCCAUAGAAAGGUGGGGAGACAACUCCUGCAAAUCCGACCCAUUUCCCUGGAGGGAAUUUUCAGGGAAGGAGGGAGGGAGGUAGAAUUGCCCUGAACUACUUGGCUUCCCUGUCUAGCCAACUAAUUUUCUUCCACCAGUGAAUGAACAACAUUGGCUAUCACCCUGUGGUUCCAGAACCUGAGAAAUAAGUUGCAUGAAAAAAGUGUUCAGUUCGGGAAUUUUUUUCUGUUUAGAUGUCAAGAUAUUCAAUAAUUUCAGUUCAUCAUCUGACAGCCCACCUAUGUCCAAAUUUAUUGCCAACGUCCUAUUUCGAUCUGUGUCCUUUCAAUUCCCAUUGAUUACAGUUGACUUUAUACAGGUACCAAAGAUCUUCUGCAAGUGCUUGCUUUCACUUUUGGCAACUUCUCUGUUACAAUUCCUUUCAAUUUAAAUUGCAGGUAGUUUUCUGCCAGGACUGCUGAAGUAAUACUUUGCUGUCGUAAAAAUCUCGGUUUUUUGUGAAUGUCAAGCACAGUGCGGGGAAAAAAGCAUGUGGUAGAAUUUGGAUUUGAAAUGAUACACUUCUGUAGAAAGUUAAAAUUCUCACGUUCUGCAUGAUGGACCAUGAUUACUGAAUUGCGUUUAGCAGCAAUGUUCUUGGGGCAAAUUGGCAAAAGGGAUCAAAGGUGUGUGGUAUACAUGUGCAAUUUGGAUUAAAAGAUGAAUCAUGCAGUGGGUAGCAUAGUUGGUGGCUGAAUAUUUAUUAAUACAAUUGCACUUUAUGAUCCAUGAAUUUGUUGUGCCAGCAAAAUUUGUUAAUAGGGCACUUGUAUAUUUGUAUCUCUGCAUUAUUGCAGAAGAUGUUGGAAUCGAAUGUCAGGCUGUAGAUUUAUAAUUUAGAAUGUGAGUGAGAUGUUAAAGCAGCCACACAAAAUUUGUUGUCUGCGUGCAUAAUAUCAGUAACUUCAGAUUGGGAAGGUAUUCAUGGUGGACUUCCAUAUCCUGAUUAGUAAAAGACAACAACAAUACCCAAUAGUGACAGUUUGGCUCCCCGGUCUUGAUUUUGAAUGAGCUUCCAUCAGACUAGCUAAUUUGGUCUUGAUUGGGCUCGAAUGCGAACUUCAUUUGUUUACACUCAGUUCUGUUCUGAGUGAAGACGCUGUUGUACUCCUUGUGAUACCAACCACUUGAAGGCCCUCCCCGCUCUACCCAAAACCAGGCAACAAUGGAAACAAAAUGCAGUUGGUAGGAUCCAGUUGAGGCAUCAGUUAGACUGUUGAUGUGGCUGUAAGAACAGCCUGGAUACAAGCAUUGAUGGGUGGGAGGACCUAUAUCACACCUAAAUCGUUGCACUCAAGGUGCUGGCACCACAGUGCCAAACAUCUAUUGGGAAUCUUGGACUGAGUCACAACCCUCCCUCUUGCAAUUAUGGGGAAGGGAGUAGCUGCGUCUGGAAGGGAUUGCAGCUGAGGCUCUGCAUUGCGAGGUCCACCUGAAGCUCAGAGGGUGUUCAGACUCCUCUUAGGAAAGGUGUGCGUGUUUCCCCACUGGGAAAUUUACUUUUACCCACAUUUAAGGUUCUAUGCCAUCCAUAAUGCCCAGUAAUUUCCUCUCUUUAAACAGGACUGGAGGAAAAUGAGCUGGUUUUUAAAGCAUUGUGUACUAGUGGUGGACUGCUGUGCUAAAUUUCUGAGAAUUCUUAAAAGUUGCAAGUUUUAUUUAGAGCUGUACUUUUGAACAACAGGGGGGAAACGAUAGCCAGUACUUUGAGAUAUUCCUGGGGUGUUCUUUGCCAGUUGUUCUACUAUAUUUAGACUUAGGAUACCAGAAAGGGCAUUUGUAGUGCAAGGUGUUUUUGUACCUGUGAUUUGAUAUAGUAGUGUUUGUUUCUUAUGAGGUCUGAAAGUAAAAUGCACAAGCUAUUUAUUAAAAAAAAUAAUUGCAACCCCCUUUCUCAUGGAAAAUUGUAACCCAGGAUUCUAAUUCAGGGCUGAUAAGUGGGAACUUUCAGGUUUCUGUAUGAGAUUGCUGUUCAUUGCACAGCAUCUAUGGGUUGCAUCCAACUCUGUUUUACUCAGAAUAUAGCCACUGAAAUUAAUCUACUUAUGUCAGUCCUAUUAGGGUUUCAGUGGGUCUUCUCUGAGCCUGACUAAUGUUGGGUACAAUCCCAUAUCUGGAAUAAUCAUGUGAACAUUUUUAGGUUCCAAAUAUAUUUUUCUACAGAAAUGAAUUUGCCGUGUGCUGCUCUUGGAUACAUUCAUACGUAAUGACUGGUCCCGGUUGUUUGUAUUGUACCAAUUGUUUGAGGGGAGAGACGAGUCUCAGGUUCACAAAAUUGAUGAAAUUCAUUCCCUCUGAUGGUCUUGAUUGAUCAUCAUGUUAGGAGUUGGCAAAUAAUUAUCUUCUUCCCCUCUCCCACUCAAAUUAAUUUAGUGAUUAGAUGGAGUAGCUUAGUUUUCUUGAAUAGCCAGGAGUCCGUUUCCCCCCUGUAGUACACAUUGUGGUAUGAAAUGCCUAAGCUGUCUCAUGAGUGUAUGGUCCUGCUUUAGAUGAGACAAGACCAGAGGUGGUCAACUGGCAAUGCUUGGACAAGAUUAAGCCCCCAAAACCAAUUUGUCUGGUACCUAGCAUUUUAAUCAAGAGGAGGUAAAUAUUUUGUCCACAAUUUGCCCUUUAAGGAAUAAAAAGUUUAUUCAAAGUGGUGUUGGGUGGGAGAGAGAGAGGGAGAGUAGAUUACCGUAUUUUUCGCUCUAUAGGACGCACUUUUUCCCCUCCAAAAAUGAAGGGGAAAUGUGUGUGCGUCCUAUGGAGCGAAUGCAGGCUCCUUGGCUUCAGCAAUAGCAACGCGAAGCCUCCGAAGCGCAGAGGGAGCGCUCCCACCGCGCUCCUGAGGCUUCGGGUUGCCUUCACUGAAGCCUGGAGAGCGAGAGGGGUCAGUGCGCACUGACCCCUCUCGCUUCCCAGGCUUCCAAGGUAGCCGCCUGAAGCCUCCAGAGCGGAGGCUUCGGGUGAACGCACAAAACGCACCUUGUUUUAGAGGGGGAGAUUUUUCACCCUUGUUCUCCCCCUCUAAAACAAGGUGCGUCCUAUGGUCGGGUGCCUCCUAUAGAGCGAAAAAUACGGUACAUUUUAAUGUUGCUUCUUGGGUGUCACAUAGUUUGUGCCAUUUUAAAAAAUGUAAGCUCUGCCCUGGGAGUGCUUAUUGGAAGGCAGUUUAUGCUGCUUCAUUAUAAUUGCAUAUAAUGCAAAUUCAUAAAGCUACCUUAUACCAGGUCAGACCAUUGGUUCAUCUAGGUUAGUAUUGCCUACACCAGGGCUAGCCAAUGUAGUGCCCUCCAUUUGUUUUGGUCUUCAUGUUGGCUACACCAGAUCUACUGGGCACCGUCCCAUCCUGAAAAAUGCACUUCGCACAUAGGACUGCCAUACGUUAUCUUCUUAAAACCAGAGUUGUUUGCUAAAAUAAGUCAUAUUUGAGGGAAUACUGUAACACCCUUUCUUCAUGGAAGGUAGUUCUAUGAGCUGAUUCCUAUUUUACAUUUACCUAGCUUGGUAGAGCUUUUACGUCAAGUCACAUGAACGUGUGCUUGUUCCUCUGACGUGCUCGAAAGCAGCAACUGGGAAAGGAUCGGACUUGCAUUUUCAAAUAUUAUAAAGAUACGUGCACUUAAUUUUGCACACGCCUCUCCCUUUUAAGAUUUGAUGGGAAGUGUACACAUUUGAGAACUUGUAAUCUGGUACAGAUAUCUAAAUGUAGGCACUGAAUUGACCCAAAGCAAAUACAGCGAUCAGCUGUAGUCAUCCUUCACACUAUAGAAUGGUGAUCAACGUUUCUGACUUUAGGCAGCACUUUCCCAAACUGAUUUGGCAGUCAAGAACUGCCUUGGUCUGUCCUUGGGUUUGUACAUUUUCUCUCCUCUCUCUCUUUUCCUGUUGGCUCCUGCUGUAGUCUUGCAUCUGCCCAAGACGCACCUCAAAUGAAAAGGCCAAUAGCAGUGGGGAAGCUUUUGGAGAUGCUUCUCCACCAACAUUGAUCUUUAUAUUGAGGGAUCCGUGACAAGUUCCAGAGAAGUCCUAGAGUUCCCUGGGACCUGGUUUGAAAAUGCCAUGAGAUGGGACUGAACGAAGAAACAGAUGCCACAAAAACAGCCGAAGUGUCUCUUUCCCCUUGUGCUUUUGAAAUUCCAGGGUUGGGAGUAAGAGGAGAGAACCAUCUUGCCACUUGAUUCAGUGAACAUGCACACACAAAAUUUGGCUUAAAGGGUCUUGAGGAGCUGAUUUCUCCUAGUUUUUCUAAAUUGUUUCCUGUUAAACUGAGAACGAGGGCGGCAGAGCAAACCGUCAGUCUUGCAUUUCAUAUCAGGAUGGCUUAGGCAAUGCCUAUAUAGAUGCUGGCUUGUACAUCAUCUUUGAGGGACCGUCUGAUAGAUGAUCCAGUUUGGGGUCAUAAGGUUCCAACUCUUAUUACUUCCGUUAUAUCUUGGUGUAUGUCUUGGGAUUGCAUAAUAUAUAUUUUCUUAAAACCAUAGUUAUUGACAAGGGAUGCAAGUUUAAGCUGCUGCGACGUGUACAUAGAGGUCCUUGUGUGGUUAAAAAGGAAAUACUGGCCUUGCUUUGGGAAGUAUACUGCACUCCAUUGUGUGUGAUACUGACACAGACACACACAACUUGCAAAAAUCCCCAAAUACUUUAUUCUGAUGCAUUCAAAUCCAUAAGUAGAUGCCUGGAAAAACAUAGUUUUCUCUAAAUAGUAGAUGCUCAUGUUCUGUUAAGAGUAUUCUGGAAAGCAAAGCAGCCUGGCAAAACAGGCAGGCACCAAUAGAGAUUGGAAGGCCUGGAAAAAAGGCCUGGAAAAUUGGAAAAAAGCCCAGGUUUUCCAAUGGCUUUGAAGAAAACCUGCCCUCCCCUUUCCAGUUUUUUUCCAAGCCUUCCCAUUUCUAGGCACCAAACUAGCAUAUUAGGAUUUCAUGUUAAUGAGAAUUCCCCUGUUGCUUUUUCUAGAAUGCAGAUAUACUGUCUCUGGAAAAAAGACUUGUGCCACCAUGAUGCAAGAUACGUGUGUAAUUAAAUCUAAAUGUGCAAUGCUAGUGAUGUUUUUGUGCUUUGAUGUGUAUAAAAGAACUUUUCUACCUUUUUACGGUUAAAUUAUUACACGAAGCCCAGACAUUAUUAAAUAAAAGUAUACUUAUUCCACCUUUAAAUGUUGGAUUAUUUAUUAACAAAAGAACAAAUCUGUCAAUACUUGUCGAUCACUGCAAACAGAAUACAUUGCUUGCUUCUUAAUGUGCAG